GUUCAAUCUAUUCCUACAAAUAAUCUUUUGUAAAUAUGAUGAUUGCUCGAGGUUUCACCACUUUCCGUUCGAUGAUCGACUUCGAAUAUGCAGGUAUUCUAAAGACCGCGCUGGUGCUUGUGCUGGCCUCGUUGCUCCGGCUGGUGUACCAGCGGGCGAUCAGGCCACCGCCGCCCAGGAUCUGCGGCGCUCCGGGAGGGCCGCCGGUGACAGCGCCGAGGGUGAGGCUCAGGGACGGGAGGCACCUGGCGUACCUGGAGACCGGCGUGCCCCGGGCCGCCGCCACGCACAAGAUCGUCUACAUCCACGGCUUCGACUCCUGCAGGCACGACGUGCUCCCGGUGUCGCCGGACCUGCUCCGGCGCCUCGGCGCCUGCGUCGUCUCCUAUGACCGGCCCGGGUACGGCCAGAGCGACCCGGACCCGUGGCAGACGGAGCGGAGCAGCGCGCUGGACGUGCAGGACCUCGCCGACCAGCUUGGCCUCGGCGACAGGUUCCACGUCGUUGGCUUCUCGAGGGGCGGGCAGAUCGUGUGGAGCUGCCUCGCCCACAUCCCGCACAGGCUCGCCGGCGCCGUGCUGGUUUCGCCCCUCGCCAACUUCUGGUGGCGCGGCUUCCCCGGCGGCGUGUCCAGCCGGGCAUUCGCUGCGCAGCUGGCUCAGGACCGGUGGGCGGUCAGCGUGGCGCGACACGCGCCGUGGCUCGUCUACUGGUGGAACACCCAGCGGUGGUUCCCUCCCUUCAGCCUCAUCGCGCGCGAUCGCCGCGUCUACUCGCCGCCGGACAUGGACGUCAUCUCCAAGCUCGCCGCGGGGCCGCGGCGCCGCCCUUACAGGGCGGAGGUCAAGCAGCAGGGGGUGUUCGAGGCGCUGCACCGGGACAUGAUCAUGGCGUUCGGCAAGUGGGACUACAGCCCCCUGGAGCUGGGCGAAAAGGAAGUGGCGGUGCACCUGUGGCACGGCGCCGACGACCGCGUCGUGACGCCGACCAUGUCGCGCCACAUCGCGCGGCAGCUGCCCUGGAUCCGCUACCACGAGGUGCCGGACGCGGGGCACCUGUUCAUCCUCGCCGACGGCAUGGCCGACCGCAUCGUCAAGACGCUUGUGCUGGGCGACUAGAGGAGGAGGCUUUGCAUUACUGCAAUUUGGAAGCCAACGUGACACAACUUCACCGAUAUAUCUUUCUAACUAUGCAUAUAUACCGUGUAUAUAUCUAUGUAUCAUGUAACGUAGGGUGGACCGCCCAAAACUUCACCGAUAUAUAUUUAUACCGUAUAUAUAUCUGUGUAUUAUGUAACAAUUAUAUCUAUUAUGUAAUUCAGCAAACAAUUGAUAUAGAACAAGCUUGA